AUGCAUGUCAUGCUGCUUUCCUGCUGUAUCCUGGUCCUGCUUAUGCCCGGUCCGUGUUUUACGGCACCCACAUCCAUGCCGGAGGCAGAGAGCACUUCUUCCACUGAACCACAGGUUGACUUGAAGCUGGCCACAGAUUACCUCCAGCAGUACUACAAACUGGAAAAAGAGCCGAUGGGGCGCAUGAAGCGGAGCGGGCCCUCCUUCACCUCCAAGGUGAAAGACAUGCAGAUAUUCUUUGGGCUCAAUGCAACAGGCGUGCUGGACUCAGACACCCUGGAGACGAUGAGGAGCCCUCGCUGCGGCGUCCCUGACGUGGAGGAGUACAGUCACAUCCAGGGGACACGAUGGAACAAGAACGUCAUCACCUACAGCAUUGGCAGGUACACCAGAGAUUUGCCCCGCAACACUGUGGACUCACUGGUUGAGUCAGCUUUCAGUGUUUGGGCGCGAGCCAGCAGUCUGACGUUUGUCAGGUCACACACCCGCAACGCUGACAUCAUGGUAGAGUUUGUGACCUACGAACAUGGUGACUUGUAUCCCUUUGACGGACCCAGAGGCACGCUGGCUCAUGCUUUCGGUCCAGGGCUGGGAGUGGGAGGGGACACACACUUUGAUGACGCUGAGCACUGGACAGCAGGAGGGACAGGUUUUAAUCUAUUUGUCGUAGCUGCACAUGAAUUUGGUCAUGCUUUGGGCCUGAAACACUCCAGAAACCCGGAGUCACUGAUGUACCCGACCUACAAACACUCCCGUUCCAACCUGUUAUCAAGUGAAGACGUAGCAAAUAUCAACGCACUUUACAGUCCACUCAGCGGUCGUCCAACCUACUUUUCGAGGUUCGGCUGGAGUUCUCAGAAUAACCCCUGGCUGUCAGGCGCGAGCUUCCCUCGACGCAUGCAGGAUAAAUGUGCUUCAGACUUAACCUUUGACGCCGUGUCCACUCUUGGGGAUGCCACCUUCUUUUUCAGAGAUAGAUACCUCUGGAUUAAACAUAAUGAGCAAUAUGGCAUCAAAGAAGGUCCCAUCAACAACUUUAUGCCCAAGAUUGAAACCAGCAUCGAUGCGGCCUUCUAUGUGCCUCGCAGAUCCACCGCUUACCUCAUUCAUGAAUCCAUGUUCUGGACAGUGAAAGGCUCUCUUAUAAAGGGAAAGCCUCGAGCACUCAGCCACUUUGGAUUUCCAGUCUGGGUCCAGGAAGUUGACGCAGCAGUGCACAUAGUGAAAACAGGACGCACCCUCUUCUUUAUGCAUGAUAUUUACUGGAGCUACAAUGAAAACCGAAGGGUAAUGGAUUUCGGUUACCCAAAGUACAUCAGCGAGGACUUUCCUGGAGUCAACACAACAAUAAGUGCAGCUGUUCAUAAAGAGGGUUUCAUCUACUUCUUUGUCGGGCCGCAAGUCUACAAAUACGACUACACCCAGAGACAUGUUGUCGGAGUUGAGAAAGCAAAUUCCUGGCUAGGAUGUUGAAAUACUGUAAAUCCAUCAACAUUAAAAGAGGAAAUUACCUGAAAACCUUGAUUUAAAUUAAAAGAGAUGAAAAGAACAACACUGUGCUUUUAUUUAUCAGUCGUCAUGUUUUGUCAAAAUAAAAGAAUUA